UCAGGUUCUCGUCAGUACCAUAUAAGGAGGCGCUUUGGCUUUUUCGGAAUCAGUUUACUCAUUGAAUUUACAAUGUCUGGACGCGGUAAAGGAGGCAAAGGACUAGGAAAAGGCGGAGCAAAAAGGCACCGUAAAGUGCUCCGCGAUAACAUCCAAGGCAUUACUAAGCCGGCUAUUCGGCGCUUGGCACGUAGGGGAGGUGUCAAGCGAAUCUCCGGCCUUAUCUACGAGGAGACUCGCGGAGUGCUCAAGGUCUUCCUGGAGAAUGUCAUCCGAGACGCCGUCACCUACACUGAGCAUGCCAAGAGGAAGACCGUAACCGCUAUGGAUGUGGUGUAUGCUCUGAAACGCCAGGGCCGCACUCUCUACGGCUUCGGGGGUUAAACAUAUUUUUUUCCCCAUUCACACAACCAACCCA